GCGAGCGGUGCAAAUAUAAAAACAGAGAUCUCGAGAUGUUCGGCAAUAUAUUCAAACAAAGAAAGAAGAAAAGAGAGAAAGAGGAGAAGACUUGCUGUUUUUCUUCGACCGGCGAGCUGUAGCGACAGAGAGAGAGAACAGUGAGAAACAGAUUUUUGCAACAAAACUGUGAAGACUUGUCCUUCGACUGUCACACUUUCCCACAUCAUGGCUCCUUCGCUAACCACAGCCUUUUCUCGCCGCUGGUGGAUGGCAGUGACAGCGGUGAUAGAGAACCUGCUCUUCUCUGCUGUGCUGCUGGGAUGGGGCUCACUGCUCAUCAUGCUGAAAUCGGAAGGCUUCUACUCCUUCCUCUGCAGAGAACCAGGUAACAGUACAGCAAACAACAUGACUGAGGAGACUAAUGGAACAAUGGCAGAUCCAGCAGAUAAUGAAGACGAAGAGUUCCUGCAAAUGAAUGGCUGGCCCAUCUGUAAAGAGCAGGACGAGAUGCUGAAUCUGGCCUUCACCAUUGGCUCGUUUCUCCUCAGUGCUAUUACCCUACCCCUGGGCAUUGUCAUGGACAAAUAUGGCCCACGAAAACUCCGCCUGCUGGGCAGUACCUCCUUUGCUGUCUCCUGUAUCCUGAUUGCUUAUGGAGCCAGCGAUCCUAAAAAUCUCUCUGUCUUGAUCUUCAUCGCCCUGGCACUGAAUGGCUUCGGGGGGAUGUGCAUGACCUUCACUUCUCUUACGCUUCCCAACAUGUUUGGAGAUCUUCGCUCCACUUUCAUUGCUUUCAUGAUUGGAUCCUAUGCCUCUUCUGCUGUCACCUUCCCCGGGAUCAAGGUAAUCUAUGACUUAGGAGCUGCCUUCAUCACGAUCCUACUGGUUUGGGCUGGCUGUGCCGGCCUUGUCUUUAUCAACUGUUUCUUCAACUGGCCUCUGGAGCCCUUCCCUGGACCCGAGGACAUGGACUACACUGUAAAGAUCAAGUUCAGCUGGCUGGGCUUUGACCACAAGAUCACUGGAAAGCAGUUCUACAGGCAGGUGACCACCGUGGGCCGGAGGCUGAGUGUAGGGAACUCAAUGAAGAACAACCAGCCCAAAAUGCUGGCCACUCAGGAGGGAAACAAGCUCUGCUUGUCCACUGUUGACCUGGAUGUGCAGUGCAAGGCCGCAGAGGAGACCCAGUCAUUCAUGCGCAGUAUCUUCAGCCCAAUCUUCAUGCUCAGCCUCAUCACCAUGUGUGUCACCCAGCUGCGGCUCAUCUUCUACAUGGGGGCCAUGAACAGCAUCCUGGAGUCUCUAACUGACGGAGACCUCAACACAGUGCAGAAGAUGGAAGUGGUGAGCACAUACACCUCCAUCUUUGGAGUGCUGCAGCUGCUGUGUCUCUUGACCGCACCAGUGAUCGGUUACAUCAUGGACUGGAGACUGAAAGAGUGUGAAGACGAGAGCGAAAAACAAGUCAAAGACCCCACACAGCCAAAGAAGCGCGACAGGCAGAUCCAGAAGAUCGGCAACGCCACCCGAGCCUUCAUCUUCACCAAUCUGCUGCUGGUUGGCUUCGGGAUGACCUGCUUGGUGCCAAACUUGCCUCUCCAGAUUUUGUCCUUUGUGUUGCACACCAUCGUGAGAGGUUUCAUCCACUCUGCUGUGGGAGGCUUGUACGCUGCUGUGUAUCCCUCCUCCCAGUUUGGCAGCCUGACAGGGAUGCAGUCUCUGAUCAGCGCUCUCUUUGCUCUGCUGCAGCAGCCUCUUUUCAUGGCAAUGAUGGGCCCACUAGAGGGAGACCCUCUCUGGGUUAACGUGGGCCUGCUGGUCGUCAGCAUGCUGGGCUUCUGCCUGCCUUUCUACCUGCUCUGUUACGGCAGGAGACUCCGCCGGGAGAAACAGGAGCGCGAGGACGACCCUAAAAUCUACGUCCAGAUCAACAACGGCACCAACUCUCAGGCCUUCGUCUAAGCGCACACCUCCAAACAUACAGAUGUGCUCAGGAUACAGCAGCCAGAGAGAAAGAGAGAAAAAGAGCAAGUGCCAGGAGGAAGCAGGGAGGAAAGGAGGAUAGAGGAACCUAAAUCACAUACAUGGAAGCAGUGUGAUUCCACCUUUCCUCUAUUUCUUCCCUUCAUUAGUAUGCACCUGUGUUUGGCUAUGGUUACACACACAUACACACUCACAUAUACGCACACAAACACGUAGACAAACACAUGUGCACAGCCAAAGCGAAAAAGACACUUUAAACUGUAGUUUGAAGUCACAGUGUACCACCCCGACGUGUUUACUCACCAAUUGUGAGCUGGAGCGGGCUGGAUGAACACUGUGAAACACGAAGCCACAGCAACCCUCCUCCAGUAAAACACACAGAUUUCGUGGCUCAUCGACGAGCUCAUGAUAUUCUCAUGAGUACACUGUCCACUCACUGCCCAUCUAUCAUGACGCAUGACACAAAGUCAUGGAAGAGGGAAGCCGAAAAUAUGGACGAGAUGUUUCUCGUUCCACAAUGACACUUUCAGACCUCUCUUCCUGAUUUUUUUUCUGAAUUCUAGCUGUGUUCAUCUUGCUACAGAAGAAUUUGACACGAGUGAAAACAGAAACAACAGAAAAUCCAGUCUGAGGACACUCAACCCAGCUCAACAGACACUCAGCAUACACACCAUUACUCUUGUUUCAUUCACCAGUAUCCAGAGCUGAAAAGCUAAAGUCCUGCCCAAAGAGAUUGAGGCAAAACAACCACUCACACCUAAGCUCCAAGGUUUUCACAGUGAUUGAUCAUCGUACACUCAGAAACCCUGAUCAUCCAAAGCUUCUUCUUCAAGAUUGCGGUUCUUAGAAUGCGUCUAGAACCCCAAUCUCAGAUCCAGCAGCAUGCAACGUACAGCAUAGCAUGGGCAUUAGACUGCAACUUUUUCUGAAUGGAACAAGAUAAGAGAUUGAGAGCUGUUGCAUGUGCUAAGAUAAAAUAAUAAGACACACACAUGUCUCUAUAUGGUCCAAUAUAUUCCAAUCGAUUGUUGCUUUUUAAAGAUUUCUAGACUUUAUUUGAGUUUGGCGUGCAUCAGAUAUCAGAGAUUUCAGGAAAUAGAACAAAACCAAAGUGCUGUUUCUCUGAAUACGUUGUAUAUAGAUAGAUAUGGUACCCAUGCAAUAUCCAAUAUAUUUGAAAUGGGUAAACCGGGAAAUAGAAGAAGAUGAGUCCAUUCAGAAUGGUGCAGUAGUCGUAUUGCUAUAUAGUGUUGUUGUCAUGCAAAAACCUUGUAGCAACUUUUUGACAAUAUAUAUAUAUAUAUAUAUAUAUAUAUAUAUAUAUAUAUAUAUAUAUAGGACAUUCAUGGACACCCCUUCUUAGGAUAGAGGAGUAUAAAGCUCCUAACUUUGAGCUCCAUACAAUACUUUUGGGUUGAUCUGGGGACUUGGAGACUCCUCUUGUCACUAAAUUGGAUUGGAGAUUGGAGAUUGGAUCCACAAUUAAUUAUAGAAACAGUGGGUGUUCCAAUACUUUUGACUAUGUAGUAUAGUUGGGGCCCUAUCAGACACCCUGUGCAAGGCACGUUGCGAUGCUCAUUGCUAUCUUACACCUUACACAUUGCUAUCUUAAAGUUUUAACAGUACUGAGACGCGUAGAAGCCUUGUGCCGUUAAAAUACCAAUCUGCCAAAGUCAGAGCUCACCUAGCUCUUAAAGGGAAUGGCAAGUGACACACUUAACGCUAAACUCAAAACAAACCCUGAUCAAUUAGUACAUGCCUUUUACGUGUUUUCGAGCAGCACUAUACAGCAGUAUUUUUUGCGACCUCAUGAUAGCAAUGACACACUCACACACCGUAAAUCAAACUAUGUGGUGUGUGGUAUAGAUUACUAAAAUAGGGCCCCUACAAUCUGGCAGUUUUUUUGCAUCUCAAUACUUCAUGAUGAAUGAAUGGACCAGUAGAAAUGCUCCUUUUUACAGUGACUUUUUACAGUAACUGUAAAAGUAAAGUAGUUAAGAAGUUGCCAUUUUGGUGAUAACAAGGUUUUUGCAUGAGAGCAAUAAAAUAAUUUCCCAUAUGACUGGUUGCUCAUGGUACACUGACAGUGAACAGCCAGUAGGGGGCAGUGUUAUGCCUGUAUAAUUCAGUUUAUUCAGCGAUUCACAUACAGUGUAACUGACUGAACCUCACCAGCAAUAAUUUGCCACACCAUAUUGCACAAUUGUUAGAUUGUAGGAAAUGUGCUGACCAUAGUGUUUCCAGAGACCUGCUCAGCAGUAGCCCACUGCUGGCUAGGUUUAACAUGUUAGCACCACAUUGAGUGUGACUGUGAGUUUCCCUUUUCUCAUAUCUUUUCUUAGUUGUUCACAUUCUUGGGUAGUAAUAAUGUAAAAUGUCAAAAUGUAUAUUUACCUGCAAUAUGACUCAAGUUCAAGUUUUAGUCCCAUGAUAAGAUGUGUAUGUGUACUGUGUGUGUGACUGUAUGUGUGGGUGUUUAUGGAAAGAGACUAGCUUGGGGAGCAUAGUGGUACAGGGUUGUGAAUCGGACUGUCUGCAUUUUUACCGCUGUGUUUAUGAGACAAAACUGAGGAUCUAGAAUGGCAGGAGCACUCAAUACCUGUCUUUACGUACUAUACUGUGUUCUCUCCCUGUACACAGCCAUAUUUACAUACAGCUCUGGAAAAAAAAAAUAAGAGACCACUGAAAAAUGAUGAGUUUCUUUGAUUUUACCAAAUUGAAAACCUCUGAAAUAUAAUCAAGAGCAAGAUGGAUGAUCACAAGCCAUCAAACCAAGCUAAACUUCUUGAAUUUGAACUGCAGAAGUUAUCCAAAAGCAGUGUGUAAGACUGGUGGAGGAGAACAUGCCAAGAUCCAUGAAAACUGUGAUCAAAAACCAAAUAUUGAUUUGUGAUGUGGUCUAUUAUUUUUUUCCAGAGCUGUAUAUACAUAAAACCAACACACAAGGCCUUUUCAGCAAGCAACAGUCAGUAGUAGUUGUGUGUGCUCAAGGGUGUUGGCCUAUCACAGUGUUUACCUAUCUUGGUGCUUUGGGAAAGAAAAAAAAACCUACAGGAUAAUAAUGACACUUUCUGUAGUGGUCAAUAAAUAGUUUGUUAGUCUUCUUUAGUGUUUCUUGCGACAGUAGUCACAGUGUAUGUUGAAAAUCAAUACAAAAAACUUGAAUUUACUUUAAAAAAAAAGGAAGAUAGAGAAAAUAUAUUGUACCGUGUCUCUCCUGUUCUGUUUUUCUGGUCCCACACUCUCGUAGCUGAUCAUAUAUGGCUGAAGUGCAGUGUUUGGCUGGUUUUGGUUGAGCGUAUUGGUUAUUAUCGAUUCAGUGUCAUCCUCAUCGUCAGUGUUCUAAUUGUCUAAAUUCAGAUUCCGACUUACCUCAGCACUUUUUUUCAGUGCCCCUGAAAACAAGAAAAAAGGAAAAAAAGAAAUUGUACAACUCAUGUGAGAUUUGGAGAUAAAAAUACAGUAUGCCAUGUACCUUCAUGUUGUUAACCCCUUUACUGCAUUACUGGAAUGACAGUCCCAUCGAUUGAUAGGACAGUUUAAUCUUCAUGAUGGACUUGCCUGUUAUAUCUGCAGCUCUGUUGGAACACCUAACACCUCUGUUACAACAAACAUCUCCAGGCCUUAGCGAAUGAAUGAUGUGAUAGAAUGAAAUAAUGGCACUAGCGCACCUUAACUAACUAUUGAUCAGGUUGCUGAAUGGUUCAGCGAAGAAAAUGUGCCCUUACUGUACGUAUAAAUGGACAACAGCUCGCAGGUUGAGCGUGAUUGUAGAUUAUAUACCUCUUUACAUAUCUAUCUAUAUAAGUAUAUAAAUAAUUCUAUCCCAACUUUUGGCUCCUUUUUUUGUAUGUUCCCACAAAUACUUUAUAUCAGCCCACCCAGCCUUCCUAUAGAUUUAUAUACUAUACAUUAAUUUAUAUAUAUAUAUUGUGGAGAUGUUUGGCUGUGAUUUUCAGUAAAAAAGAGGCUGAAUUUGCAGCAGAGCUGUCCAGAAAAACAGGUUAAGUCCAUCUCACACCCUGCCUGUAUUGUCUGUCUCUCUCUGCAUGAUUAUGGAGAUUAGUUCAGUGUAUAGAUUUGUGUGUACCAGAUGGGCCGCUUUCACCGACUUGAACAUGCCUAGAUAUUGCAGGUGGAAUUUCUCAUUAAUGCAGUACUGUACUAAAUAAAGCGCAAUGAAUGUGGGAGUACGACCUUCAUGCCCCCCUCCGCCCCCUGACUGGGAGAAGCAGCACUUUUUUCACUGCCAUACCUUAAUCGUUUUUUCAUAAUGCAAUCAUGUAGCCUUUCCCCACAUCCACUCACCCCAUUCCCUUUGUCUGACUGGGUGAUUCAUUUCUGAACAGCAGCAGCAGCAGCAGUGCAAACGUGUAAAAAAAAAAAAAAAGAUUGUGGAUUGUGGGAUGCUGAAGUGUAGAUUGAUAUAUAUCAGCUGAAAUAUCAUUGUUAUUUUUUACCAUGACUUGUGUUUUAUGGUUCAUUAAAAUGUAGCUUGUUUUUGUUCAUUAUUUCAUCUUUUAUAAAUCUUUGUUUUCUA